CGUCUCAUCGGAUUGAACACCCAAUUUGGAAAGACAUUUGACGAGAGAGAUAUAGACUAACAGCAACACACUGCAAAAAAUUGUUCGUAAAUGUUUAAACUAAAAAGUUUCGUAAAAUGUCGGACGUUGAACAAGUGGAAGAGGAAAUUGAAAUAAGUGCUAGCAAUGCAAGCUCGAAUCGGUGUGUGAAUGUGACAUUGCAAAUUUUAUUUUCGACGCCCGGUCUCGUCGUGCUAGUGGUUCUGUAUUCCGUGAUGGGUGCGUUGAUAUUUCCGUUGUUAGAGGCACCGAACGAAAUCAACACGGCCAUGAGUGUGUCGAAUAGCAGAGAGGAAUGCUUGAAAGAGUUAUGGACGAUUACAGAGCGUCUGAAUGUGCUGUAUGAACGCAAUUGGACGUUGCUGGUGCAUGAACAACUCAGACGAUUCGAAGGUACGAUUGUGGCUGCAACGAGAGGCGGUCUGGUUGAAACGAUGGGUGAUAAUAGAUUUCCACGGUGGUCGUUUAGUGAGGCAUUACUGUAUUCCGUGACAGUGAUUACAACAAUCGGACACGGCAAUCUAACACCCCGGACAUCGGAGGGCAAAAUCGUUACCAUGCUGUAUGCAUUGUUCGGUGUGCCAUUGAUGCUGAUGUGCUUAUCGAGCUUGGGCGGUUUUCUGGCCGAUGGUCUUCAAUGUACAUGGCAUACGUAUUCAAAAUUAUGUAGAGCUCGUAAUGGAAAUAAUGAAAAUGAGAUGCACGAAUGCGCUCAAGAAGAGGAUGAGAUGGAUUGCAACAUUUGUAAAUAUGACGCUGUUUGCAAGGAAACCAAAAUGCAGACAUACGACAAAUACACUCCCGUCAACGAUCGAGAAGAUUCCUGCCACUUGAUACACAAUUCACCAGCGAAAUCAGUUCCAGCGUCAAAUCAACACCAAACUGUCUGUAUGCAAACACUGAAGAAAUCCGGUACGCUUUCCAACCAACAUCACCCACAGCAAUAUUUAUUAUCAUCGAGGGACUCGCACCCAUCAUCAAAUCAAAAUCAUCAUCUUAACCAAAUCCAUCAGCAUAUGGAAAACGAUGUACAGAAAUCGAAUCCGAAUUCAUAUUAUCCGAUGAAUCGUAUGCAAUGCCAUAACCAUGUUACCGCACAACAAAUAAAUUCCAAUUAUCAAGGAAUCCAAUUACAUGGGCAUUUACAAAAUAAAAACGAUAGAGCUGAUCAUCGUGUUCAACAACAGCAGCAGCCGUACCAUCAUCAACAGCAGCAUACGGCCACUGUUCAUGGAUUGGGUCGCAGUAAAUUCCUUCCGAAACCAAUGCCGCCCGAAAUAAAUAUGCUGCUGGCUGAAUGUGAUAGGAAUUGCCAUCAUGAAUACGCAGACACAGCAACGCCAAGUUCGAACAAAUGUGGCGGAAACUUGGAAACACUUGAAGACGACGAUGAUGACGAAAAUAGAGUCGGGUGUCAGCAUGGUACACCGUCACGUAUGCCACUGAUAAAACAGUCCAACAAUGCGCUUAAACCGAGCGAAUUCAAUGCGAACGCUAUCAGCAGUGAGCAGCAAGAUGAAAUCGAUCACAAUCGUCAAACAACCCACAAUCCACAAGUGCCAAUUACGAUAAUUCUUUUGAUUUUGACGACAUACAUUUGCAUCGGAACAGUAAUAUUUUCGUUGUGGGAAAAUUGGAGUAUCGUCGAUGGUGCAUACUUUUGUUUUGUCACACUGUCCACCAUUGGGUUCGGUGACCUGGAACCGACAAAGACAUUUCAUGGUCCCGAACUGCAACUGUUCGCUUGUUGCUCCUAUUUGGUAUUGGGUCUGGUGCUGGUGGCCAUGUCAUUCAGUCUGCUGGAAACGCAAUUGCUGUGGAAGUGUCGACGAAUGGCAGUACGACUAAAAUUGGCACAUGAUUGAUUGUUCGAUGGGGUGAGCAUAAUCGGCUGAUUGGAUUUUCGUUUGGAUGUGUGAAGAGAUGUGCGUGUUGUGAAAAUCUGAAAAUUGAAUGGAAAUUUGGAGAGGGCGAAAGUGAAACAAUCGGCGAUACUAAUUACUCCAAAAAAUAAUCAAAGGAUUUUUAUGGACCGGUAGAACGGUAAAACGUGUGUCGAAUCGAAAUUAUUUGUUUUUCAUACACUUGAAUCAGAACAAAUAAAAUUGAAUGGAGUGUGUUGUUCCUUCACGAUUACAUUUUUCUAGCAGCGUUUAUCAGGAGCUAUUUUUGGCGAAAACGUUUAUUGGGAAAUUUUUUAAAAAUAUGGGAAAGUGCUCGUCCAAAAAAAGUCCCUCUUUGAAAAUACAAUUUUAUUGCCUGCCUUAUGCGAAAGUUGACAAUUACAUCGCAGUUUGUACUGUACGAAAAUGAUUCAAAACAUGCAGAAUAUUUUCGGUUAAUUUUAUCAACUUUCGCAUGUGGCAGGUAACAAAUCCGAAUACAUUGGACGCUGCUACAUAAUUCGUUAAUUCUAAAACAACUUCGUGUCGCAAAUUUUGUUGCACCUUGCUGCGGUAACUGUUUUUGGACAAGAAUGGUGAAGCCUGUUGCUCACAAAACACACUUGUGAGUUUGAGAGUAUCAGAAAACUGUUACCUCAUGUAAUCAAUUAUUUUCGCGGCAUCCAAUGUAAUCUACCAAUAGUAGUGAGCAGCCAGAAGAAAUGUAUUAGAAACAUUUUUCCUGUUUAACAAAUUCUCUAAACACUUUGACAGAUAAAACGCGCAAAUUGUGAACGGAAUCUACUAAAUCUAGUACUUCAAUACUCUGGUACAAUACAGAUGUGGAUAAUGAUUGUGGGUUGAAGAAACGAAAAAAGGAGAAUCGAAUUCGAUAAAUGUUUCUAAAGUUAGUUUGGUCGACUGUUUUACAUUUCUUUCGACAUUUCAUUAUAAUCAACAGAGCUUCAAUUAACUGGUUUCAUAUGUAAAUAUGGAAAAUCUUUCAUAUCACCUGUAGACAAGAUCCAACAAUUUCAAUCGAAUUCAUCUUACUCAUUUCACAUGCCCUAGCGACGUUACGUACAUAUCUUAAUGUUGUGGUCAAGUGGCAUGCGGAAUGACUAUAAUUUAUUUGUAUUGUAAUUGAUGGAUUUUCUAAAUUCUUUCCCAGCAAUUCCACUUUUCUCUCUAUUAAGUUUUUGAUGGAAAUAAAUUUUGAAAUAAUUUAAGCGAUUUUUGAAGAUAGAUAGCAAAACACAGCAAGAAUUUUAUCAAAAAAUAUGUUACAAGCAUUUAACACAGCUUUACUUCAUUUCCUUUGACAUACAGUUUGCUAUAAGUAAAGAGAACUAGGUAGAACCCAUCGCUUUAUUUUUCUUUUCAUUGGUAACAGACGGCCAGCUCAGUAAAGAGUUUUCAGCUUAUUCGUGAUCCAGAUGUGCUAAAUUCUAGAUAUGUUAUCCAUAAGUCCCGCUCUGUGGUUACGAGACAGUGUAACUGUGACUUGUGUGUAAUAAUAAAAAAUUGAGGAAAAGUAGGAUUUCCCUGUUUUCGGUGUAUGUUGAAGAGAAUGAUAUGUGUAUCUAGUAGUUUCGGACAGGGCAUAUUUUUGAAAAUUGAUUUGAAGAAUUCUCCAAGAUUUAGCAGAUCAAUUUUCCUAUUUGGUCCUGGUUCUCGUUUCGUAAGAAAAGACUGAUGAAUGAAUCAACAGUUUUCACGCUUCGACAGAUGCACACUGGCUUUUUUUCUGUCCCGUAGCUAGCGUUUCAAAAACUAUGUGAAACUUUUUGCAAAAACUUUUAAAAAGAACUUCAAGAAUAUCGGUGAAAAAUCUUGAGUGAUUCCCAAUUUAACCUUUUAGAAAUGGCAACCGUAUCACGAUAAUUAUGAAAUCUGUUUCUUCUUUCGUUCGCCUAAUGUAGUGUUUGAUUAUGAAUAAAUCUUUUACUACAUUUGUUUAAUCAUUUAUUUAGUCGUCUAUAACGGAUGACUAGUCGUUUCUGAAAGGUGAACCCAGCAAAGACGCAUUUUAUGCUGCCAGAUUAUAGAAAAGGCUCUAAGCAAACAUUCGAACGUUAAAAUGGUAAAAUCAACUGUGGAUCAGAAUAAAUUUUUUACUUCAUAUUUUUGUAAGAAGUGUAGUCAAACCAAAUGAGAUAUCGAAACUUUUUGUAAGUACUUCAGUAGAGUGUAUGCUAAUGAAAUAAAUGUCUAAGUUAUGGUUUAAGUAUAAAGCAAUUUAUAAGUAUAGUUUUCCUGCGAGAAAAUCAUUUCAUUUACCAUAAUGUACCGCAUUUCGCAGAAAUAGUAUAAUUGUUUCUACGUUUCAUUUAGAUCUAUUUAUUGAAAUAAGCGAUAGUAUUGGAGAACAUGGUUGUCUUCGCUACAUAUCGUGUAACAAAACAAAAAAAGAAGUAAAAUUAAUUGCAAAAGUUUGUAAUAAAAUUCAUUUAAAAUG